AUGUCGGAGCCGAAAAACCAAGUUCCUGGCCCUUGCGAUUACUGCCGCAACACUGGAGUAGAAUGUCAAAUUGAUCCCGCAAAACGACGACAAAGACCAUAUUACUUUGUAUCGGAAGAUCAAUUUCGAGAUAUGCAAGACAUUUUGAAGCAUUUUCUUCCAAAUACAGAUCUGACGCCUGAAAAGCUCCGGGCUCUUGCAUUGGAAUACAAUAAAACCGACGCAUCCCCACUAGCGGUGCCUGCUUCCCCUGCCUCUCUGUCGCCCUUUGUGCCUUACAGCCUGCCGAUAUCUGGCGAAGAAAACAUAGAUGAUCAUCCGGAAGAAUUCCAUCCCGAUCCUCAGGUCGAAUCUGAGGAUACCAUAUUACGGGAUGUCUUUCAAUUGCAUCAGCAAUUUGGAUGUCUACUCGCCGACUCUCAGGGGGAAUUUCGUAUGUCACCUGUUGCUCAUAUUCAAAGCAAAUAUAGUGAGAAUGAAGCUGAUGACCGAACAGGAUACAUGGGGGCCGAAUCGGGGUUGCCGUUCAAUGCUAUUAUACGCUGUUUCAAAAGCGAAGGCUUCCAGAUUCCUACCACGCCAGAUGUUAUUGCCGGGAUGGUGACCGUUAACAUGCCACUUCCUGAUCAGAAGUCCCAUGAGAACUUGUCCUUGCCUCCUCAGGAUAUCUGUCAAAGACUAGUCAUGCGAUAUUUCGAAGAAGUCCACUGCUUAUACUGGCUUUACUCCCCGGAGAGAUUCCACAUUCAGCUCGAGGAGACCUAUCGUGAUCCACAGCAGGAUACAAAGGCUUCCUGGAGAUGUUCACUAUAUUCAAUACUGGCAGUUUCAAGUCUUGAGAGGCCAGAAGAGAAUGAGAUGGAUUCUCAUUCACCAACUGAGUUUCUCGAACACGCAAAAUCGCUCGUAUCCGCUGUAUGUGAUGAAGGAAGCCUUGACAGUGUGCGAGCCAUGAUACUUUUGGCAACGGCCACUCAAUCGCAUGGAUUUUCCAACCCUGCGUACCUCUAUACCAGUCUCGCCGUACAGAUUGCCUGUUCUCUCGGCAUACACCGCGACAAAUACUGCGCUGCAUAUGGUUUGGUGGAGAAAGAACAUGCGCGUCGCGUAUGGUGGUCUCUCGUGGUCUUUGAUCAAGACUUGUCCCAGAGGCUGGGAAAACCAUCUGCAACCUCUGAUUCGUGGGAGACGUGUCUACCCUCUGAACUGAUUCUCUCGGCCGGAGCAUACACCCCAUCCGGAUACUUAGCUGCAUGUGGCAGUCUUAGUCAGUUAGCGAAAGUAGUUCGAAAGGGUCUCUACAGUGGCUCCUUCGUACAGAUGAAAACGCUUCAAUCCAUCAUAAAGUCCCUUACAAACUGGGAGGUUUCACUCCCACCUCACCUGAGACUCGCAGUGCCCACUGCACCUUUACUACGUCGGCCCAUUUCCAUUCUACAUCUCAGAUAUCACGGUAUUCAGCUACUGGUGGGCCGACCUGUUAUUCUAUACCAGCUUUUGUGUCAAAAGAAUCAACGGGGGCCUCCUGAGUCCUCAUUUCUCAACGAAAUCACAGCCCUAUCUCUUAGUUCCGCUGAACAGAUGUUAGAAAUCUUGGAAAGAAUGGUCCUUGAAAUUUUUGAUUCAAAGAUCAUUGCUUUGGACUUUUACUAUGCUCUUGACAUUCUCCAGAUAUUCCUGUCGGUUUUCGCCCUUACGAAGGCAGAAAAGCAAUUACAGAAUAUCUCACAGUGUAUGAAAGUGCUACAAGCUAUUGGAAGUGCAGGAUUUGGAGAGAAGAUUAUUUCCGAGGUUCUCUUCCAGCUGAUGGAAUGGGAUUAUUUGGGAGUUAUGACACUGCUAUCUAUCAGGAAAUGA